AUGGACGAGUUCAGCAGAGAUCCCUGUCCGUUUCGUAUCGUCAGCGAUUGUGGAGCUGCAUUUGCUAUGGGUACUAUCGGUGGAAGUGUUUUACAUUUUUACAGAGGUUAUCGUAACGCCCCUUCGGGUUAUACAAAAAAACUAGUAAGCGCAAUGGUUAACAGUCGUCAACGUGCACCAAUCACGGGUGGGGGGUUCGCUAUAUGGGGUGGAGUGUUUACUGCUGUCGAUUGCUCUUUAGUUCUUGCUCGUCGGAAAGAGGAUCCGUGGAAUUCAAUCACUAGUGGAGCUAUAACCGGAGCCGCUCUAGCUGUUCGUCAUGGUCCAACAGCUAUGGUCGGUCAAGCAUUUGUUGGUGGUGUUAUAUUGGCAAUUAUCGAGGGGCUUGGAAUCAUGAUAAAUAGAUUCGCUCCUAUGCUAAUGCAAGCUCCGCCAGACGCUGUACCAAAUCCACAAAACGAUCAAUCAUCAAGUCCAGGAAGCUCGUCUGGUAGUGGUGGGAGUGGGUUUUACGACUUUUUUGGUUCCACACAUUCAUCUUCAGAGGCAACUGCUGCAGAAUCUGCUAGUACAGUAUCACCGAAAUCUGGAUUUAUAUUUCAAUAG